ACUGCAGCUUGCUGUGCUAUCUACAUUUGGGCAAAGGGAAGACGAAAAGGGCAACCAAACCCAUUUUAACCCAUUACUGUUGGAUUCUCUAAAACUUGAACUUUGCAAUUGACCUGAAACUGGUUGUUGCAGCUCAGUUUUGCGCAUACCUGGUUAACCUCCGACGGCUGCUUCAGUGAGGAUGGAUAAAACCAGAGGUGAAAAUAAUAGGCCAGAGCCAGAAACACCGCCAGUUCUCAUUGUAGCACCUCUCAAUAGCAUUCCAUAUACUGGUCCACCAUUACAUGACAAUGUUUCUUCGACCAAAAAAGAGACUGAAGCAGAAACAAUAGGUCCAGCUAUAAUUUUUCUCCCUUCUCACUCAACUAGGAAUGAGUUGGAUGCUAUGAUGGCUACCACCCAAAGUGGUGUUGCAUUGACUGGUAGUGCAGCUAUGGGGAAUGUGGGACCGCUUCUAGGUUCAGUAGACAUUGCUGAAUCCUACGAUGCAUACUAUUUCCGUGUCUCCCUUCCUGGGGUAUCAAAGGAUGAAAAGUACUUCAGCUGUGACGUCGAACCUGAUGGGACUAUAUUAAUAAAGGGGAUAACCACAACUGGUGAGAAAAUUGUUUGCAAGCACUCUCAAGUAUUUCAGAUGCAAACACAAAACUUUUGCCCUACAGGACACUUCUCUGUCUCAUUCCAGCUACCAGGUCCUGUUAACCAUCCACAAUUUACCAGCCAUUUUGCUGAUGGAAUUCUUGAAGGUAUAGUGAAGAAAAGAUGAUUAAGGACUGUCUCAUGGGCACGUGUGUUGUUGAAAUGUAAGCUGAUAUGCUUCCCAACAAGUACUAUUCUAACCCUUUCAUUAUUUUUCCAAAUGAAGAAUAUUAGUACUGUUAAUCUCUACAUCAUGAUUUUGUAUGGAAACCAGGGGAUGAAUGAUAUGAGAUUGUUGUUGAAAUCUGUAACAUUCUUUUGUAAUCAGAAAAUAGUUAUUUAGACUUUAUCUUAUCUACGUUGUCAUUGGAUCUUGCUGCUAAAUGAAUAGUUGUUGUCAAU